AUGAAAUAUCAUGUCAAUGGAGAGUGGAGUGGGCCUGCCCCUGAAUGCAAAGGAAGACCAUGUAAACAACUAGAACUAGAAAAUGGCAGGGUUGAUUUAACCGAUCUCCAGUUUGGUGCAACAGCAAACUUCUCCUGUAAUGAAGGGUACAGAUUAAUUGGAACGACUUCUGCCCAAUGUGUGGUUGCAGGAAAUGGAGUUGAUUGGGAUAAGGAGCUUCCACUUUGCCAAGCAAUACCUUGUCCUACACCUCCUGAUAUCGCCCAUGGAUCCCAUACUGGUCAGAGUGAACAAGAGUUUUCCUUUGGCUCAGCGGUAACUUACAAAUGUGACCAGGGCUUCUCUCUUAUUGGAGAGGCCUCCAUUCAUUGUACAACGAAAGAUCAUGUCGAUGGAGAGUGGAGUGGGCCUGCCCCUGAAUGCAAAGGAAGACCAUGUAAACAACUAGAACUACAAAAUGGCAGGGUUGAUUUAACUGAUCGCCUGUUUGGUGCAACAGCAAACUUCUCCUGUAGUGAAGGGCAUAACACCUACUACACCUACAACUUCCCCUCCAGGAGGAACAAAAGAUACUUCUGGUGA